AUGGACGACGCUCAAAUCUUGGACGAAAUAAAGUAUAAAUUAGGUAUUGAAAUCGACGAUCAUUCAGUUAUUAGAGCGCUGGGAUUAUUGUCGCAGUGAGGAUUUUCAUGUGUUUUUUUGAUUAUAUAACUUAAAAUGGUAGGAAAUUUCUUUACAUGACAAAAAAGGGCAAGAACUUUGUUUAAAAAUUAAAAAAUGGCAAGAACUUUCUUUACAAUACAAAAAAGGGCAAGAACUUUUUUCACAAAACAAAAAAUGGCAAGAACUUCCUUUACAGCGCCUAAAAAUACGUUUUUCAAUGUUAAUUUAACAAUUUUCAGUCGAAAAAAGCCCGGAGGAAUUCCAUAUGAUGAAGAAGGCCAAUUCGAAGAUGAAAUGUGGAUGCCAUACAAUCGAUUCGAACCAGAAGUACCAAAAAAGAAGAAGCGCCAACCGGCUGGUAAACGGUUAACGAAGAAGAAGAGUUAUCGAAAAGAACGGUCUAAAUCUUUGGGCACAUCUAGUGAUAACAGAGAUGACAAUCUUAAAAAGGGCAUAAGUGACAGCCGGCUGACAAAGAAUGGGCCUAAACCACGGUUUUUGAAGAAUGAAAAGAGGAUUGAGUAUGAUGAUGAUAGUGAUUUGGACAAUUUUGAAUUCAACGAAUCUCAACAGGUCACUUUUGGUAGGUUUUGCCAUUUUUGUUUUGUAAAGAAAGUUCUUGCCAUUUUUUUUUUGUAAAGAAAGUUCUUGCCAUUUUUUGUUUUGUAAAGAAAGUUCUUGCCAUUUUUUGUUAUGUAAAGAAAGUUCUUGCCGUUUUCAAUUUGUACAGAAAGUUUUUGUCAUUUUUUGGUUUUGUAAAAAAAAGUUCUUGCCAUUUCUGAGUUUGUAAACAUAGUUAUCACUAUUUUUAUAUUUUCAGGUACCCGCCAGUACUACAAUGACAUUCUCUCCAAAUUCAUCGAAAGAGACAAGAAGUUGGAGUUUGACAAGACCAAAAAGAAAAAAGAAUACAAAGCCAAGGAAGUAGUGACAAAGCCAAAGAUAGGCCAAAGUGCGAUGAGUAUGGCAAUCGAAGCUCAUGAAGAAGAAUCAAUAACAAGAUGGUCAAAGUACAAAGCCUUUGAAGACACAGUAAAUGGCAUAGUAAUCACAAUUUACUACGACUUUUGUAGAGAUGAACAAGACAGGCUUCUUCACAUUACGAUCAGUGUUAACAACGAGGCCAGGAUUCUGGAUAUGGUGGGAUUGGCAUUGUAUAAGUAUGAGAGGUAUAACAAUGAUCCACCUCUGCCUUUGUGAGUUCUCUUCUUUUUUUGUUUCUUUUUAUGUUUUUUUUGGUUGGCGGGGUUGAAAACGGUGUGGACAGGGUCGGGCGUAGACAUGAGUAACGGGCCGGGCAUACGACUGGGCUUGGCCCAUGACGUGAUAUAACGUUUUCAUUUUUAACAGCAAGAACUUUCUUUACAGAAUCAAAAAUGGCAAGGACUUUUUUACAAAGUUAAAAUUAGCAAGAAUUUUCUCUACAAAACAAAAAAUGGCAAGAGCUUUCUUUACAAAAUUAAAAAUGGUAACAACUUUCUUUACAAAACAAAAAAUUGCAAGAACUUUCUUUACAAAACAUGAAAUGACAAGAACUUUCUUUACAAAGCAUAAAAUGGCAAAAACUUUCUUUACAAAAUUAAAAAUGGCAAAAAAAACAUUUUUUGUUACCUAAAAUUUAUAAAUUGACAUGGUUUUUUUUUCUUUUUGCAUUAUAGAAGAAAAAAAAAUGUAAAAACAUUGAACGUGGUUCCCCCUGUAGAUUUUCUGGAUUUUUUUACUUUUAAUUUCACAUUUUUCAGAAACCUCGAAUUAAAGCACUACAGACUCUGCGUAGCAGAUGAACGAAGUUACGAGAGAGAGCUGCCAAUCACUGAUCGAAAUCGCAAAAUCACCAAAAUUGACUUUCCACAUAUGGCACUCAUUCAGGAUCGACGAGAAACAACAGUUCAGGUCGCUCAAGUUUACUUUAUCGAUUAUACUCGAAUUGAAAUUGCUAUAGAUGAUCCUGAUUUGACAAUUGAAAGUUUGAAGAACGAAGCCUUGGAGAGGUAUAGUAAGGUCAGACCUACUGUCAAUGAGAAAUUGGACUUUAGAGGUGGGUUUUUGGGGGAAAAUCGCAAGAACUUUCUUUACAAAACAAGAAAUGGCAAGAACUUUCUUUACAAAACACGAAAUGGCAAGAACUUUCUUUACAAAACAAAAAAUGGCAAGAUCUUUCUUUACAGGGCUUAAAAUGGCAAAAACUUUCUUUACAAAACAUAAAAUGGCAAGAACUUUCUUUACAGGGCUUAAAAUGGCAAAAACUUUCUUUACAAAACGAGAAAUGGCAAGAUCUUUCUUUACAAAACACGAAAUGGCAAGAACUUUCUUUACAAAACAAAAAAUGGCAAGAUCUUUCUUUACAGGGCUUAAAAUGGCAAAAACUUUCUUUACAAAACAUAAAAUGGCAAGAACUUUCUUUACAAAACAAAAAUUGGCAAGAACUUUCUUUACAGGGCUUAAAAUGGCAAGAACUUUCUUUACAAAACAUAAAAUGGCAAGAACUUUCUUUACAGGGCUUAAAAUGGCAAAAACUUUCUUUACAAAACAUAAAAUGGCAAGAACUUUCUUUACAAAACAAAAAUUGGCAAAAACUUUCUUUACAGGGCUUAAAAUGACGUUUUUAUUAUUAUUUUUAGCAUUUUCAGUCUUUUAAAAUCCGGAGGCAUUUCAUAUGGGAAGGGGCUCAUUUUUUCAAUUUUUAGACAUAACAUACCGCCUGGAGCUAGCAGAACGUCCAAAUGUAGCCCUAAACGAAGAAAUGGCAGCCUUAUCAUCUGGUGGCUUAACCUUCCUUUGCAUUCGAAACAAAAGCUCCAGAGGCAACUUCACAUUGGACAAGGUGGCACGAAAGAAACACAAAAGAAUCAUGGAGAUCGAUAUGGAAUCAGAAGAAGGCUACGAAGCGUCACAGAGCGCUAGUCUAUCAGACCCGGGUGAUAGUCGAAGUGGAACGAACGCAAGAGAUCCGGUUGAGUUACAAAGAUUCAAUAUUGAAAGGAUUCAGAAGUUCAAGCAUAACUUGUCUACGAAAUUAUGUAAGUUUUUUGGAUUUGUGGAUAGGGUGAGGUAGGGUAUGGUCAAAGUAGGGAAAGAGCUACUGCAUGAUUAAUAUGAUAUGGUAGGGCUUCAAUAGAACUAGGGCAGGGCUCGAUUUUACCGUAGAACUAGAGAAGGGGUUAUGGGUUACGGUAGGGCUAGGAUAGGAGUAGGGUAGGUCUGGGGGUUACGGUAGGACUAGAAUAGGGAUAGACGUUACGAUAGCGAUAUGGUAGAAAUAGUGGUUUAAGUGUUACAGUAGGAAUAGGUAGUGCUAUUGGUUACGGUAAAACUAGUGUAGGUCUAGGAGUUACGGUAAAACUACGGCAGAGCUAGGGGUUACGGUAAACUAUUAGAAUGGUUAUAGAUCACUGUAGGUCUUAAGUAGGGCUACUGUGGGGCUAGGGUAGGGCUCGAGAAUACGGGUGGUAUAGGGUAAACAGGACGUUACGGCUAGACUAGUGUGGGGUAGGGGUUACGGUAUGACUAGAAAAGGUCAAAGGGUCGCGGUUGGACUGAACUUGGAAUACUGUACGAUUAGGGUUAGGUAGGGCUGAGGCAAGGCAACUGUAAGCUAAAGGUAAUGCUACGAGUUAGGAGUACAGUAGGGCUACUUUAGAACAAGAGUAAGGCUAAAGUUACGGUAGGUCAAGUCUUGGUGUGGUAUUACUGUAGUAAUAGCGCGUACUUUGAUGCAAAAAGAAUGGCGUAUCAAUGCUUUUUUUACUUUUAAUGACAUUUUUUAGUGAUUCGAGAUGACGCUAUUGUGUUAGGUGGAGGGCCGAGUAAGGGUUAUUAUUACGAUAGAAUCGAAGUAAAUUGGGACCAUGUGGCUGGAAUCGACUAUAAUCACAAUCCUACUACACAACGUGAGUUUUAAAUGACUUUUCUGAUUUUAUUAAAAAAAUUUUAAAAAUGACGUUUUUAUUUUUUAUGACACUUUCUUACCAUACUUACCCUAAUUUAUCCUAUUCUAGCCAAAAGAACUCUAAAACUGGUAUGGCUAGAAAUGUCAAAGGAAAUGUACGAAGACCAAAAGCUAUGCCUGAACUAUAUUCGAUACCUCAAAGCCAACAGCCUCUAUACAGUUCCAACAACGACCAAGAAAGGCUUCAAGUCUUCAACCUCAUCAAUAUCACUUUUCAAUUUGGCCAAGCGUAAGCCGUCAACAAUAUUAACAGAAAGCCAAUCUACCGACACUUUAAAGGAGGAGGUAGAGGAAAAACCUUUCCCAAGGUACAUCGAAGGAUUCGAUCCGAAACCUUUAAUUGAUGGUUAUGAGAAAAUGACAUGGAAAAGUGUUUCGUUCAAUGCCUACAGCUCGGACGCGUUUUCAUUGGUUGAGAAGGUGGGUAAUCCUAGAGCUGAGUUUUAAUUUAGCUAAACAAUGAAGGUUUUUAGGCCUAAAGUUUUGUAAGUUUAAUUAGGCUAAACUUACUUAGUUCUCGCUUUAGAGGCUUACGCCUAAACUUAAUAAAGUAGCUUUUACAUAGGUUUUAUUGACUGUAAGCCUACUAUGUCUAGGGUUAUUAAGCCUAGUAGGUUUGACUCAAACACGACUUAGCUUAAUAAGUCUAGGUCUACUAAAUCUUAGCUUCUUAAGCCUGCUAAGCUUAAACCAACUAAGCUUUAAAAUGCUAAGGCUAAGCCGACUAAUUGUAGUUCUACUAAGCUUAAGCAUACUAAGCCUAAGUUUACUAAGCUUAUUUUUCUUAAGCCUUAACUUUAUAAGCCUAAACCUACUAAUAUUAAGCCUACUAAGCUUAAGCCUACUAAGCAUACGACUAAGCCUACUAAGCUUAAGUCUGCUAAACACAUCUUUAUUAAGCUUGACUCUAUCAAUCUUAAAUCUUUUCUUUCUUAUCUCUAAAACCUAACCCUAAUACAGCCAAAUUUAAGCUUAAUAAAUCUAAACCUAUGAACCCUAGGUCUACAAAAUUCAAACUAAUUAAAAUAAUUGUAGUAUAUAAAAUUUAAGUUUGAUUUUCAGGUAGUAGCAAUACUGGAUUCAGACAAAGACCGCUUCAUCCGCCAAAUGUACAAAGAAUGUGGUGGACCAGAGAAGAAGAAGCCAGGCGCAGCGGCCGAAUCCCUUUAUCAUCUCAAACAUUUACUUCAAAUUUCGCGAAGCCUAAGACCGGUAGAAGAAGAACCAGGCCCAUCGAGUAGGAAACACAAACUCUUGAGUAAUAUUUCAAAGUUUAUUUACAAAAAGGACUAA